AUGUCUGCCGAAGAGUCUGUUGUGAUCGACCCCCAGGCCAUCAAGGAGCUCCAGCUCCUCGAUGCCCACCUCUCGGAUGUGGACACUGAGAUCACUGCCAAGCAGCACCUCAUGAACGCUCCCAUCCUCGCUCAGCGCCAGAGCACCAUUGCCAAGAUCCCCGGCUUCUGGGCUGUUGUCUUCGACAACGCUGCUGCUGAGCUCGAGGCCGCCAUCACCCCCUCGGACUCUGAGGUUUUCGCCAAGGCCCUCACCACCGUCGAGGUCCUGCGCCCUGAGAUCCCCUCGGGUGCUAAGCCCACUGACCUUGGUCUGGACAAGUUCGGCGAGCCCCGCAGCGUCACCAUCAACUUCCACUUCAAGGAGAACGAGUGGUUCUCUGACAGCGUCCUGUCCAAGACUCUGUACUACCGCCACGGCAAGGACCGCUCUGCCGGUCUGGUCUCUGAGCCCAUCAAGAUCAACUGGAAGGCUGGCAAGGAUUUGACCGAGGGUCUUACCGACGCUGCCUACGCUCUGUGGGCUACCCAGAAGCAGAAUGCUAGCCAGCAGCUCGACGGCGCUCUCGCCGGCGAUGCCCGCAAGGCUCGUGACGCUGCCGCCAAGGAGCUCCCUGAGUACAAGAACGUCGUCAAGUUGUUGGGUGAGAAGGUCAACGGCGCCAUCAGCUUCUUCAACUUCUUCUCCUACCGCGGCCGCUGGACUAGUGCCCAGGAGAACGCUGAGGCUCGCGCCGAGGUCAAGGCCCGACGUGCCGCCGCCCUUGCUGGCAAGGACGAGGAGGAAGAGGAUGAGGAUGAGGACUUUGACGAGCUCGACUUCGCCGAGGAGGACGUUGAGACCUUCCCCCCUGGCCACGACGUCGCCGUCUCUAUUGCCGACGAUAUCUGGCCCAACGCUAUUGACUAUUUCCUGGCCGACUCCAUUGACAGCGACCUUGAGAUUGAUGACGAGGAUGAUGAGGAUGAGGAUGAGGACGUCGAGAUGGAGUAA